AUGUGUCACACAUUACUCUCCAUGUGUAACACAUGUACACGAACCAAAACUCCAGCACAGCAGCAACCUGUCAAGCUCCAAGUUCUUGAGCUUACAUUGGACUUCCCUUGCGUGCAGCUCGGGUUACCAGAAGGAUGCGAAAACGCCGACUUCUUGACCUUAAACAACAACGAUGAUAGGCAGGACAUGAUCACUAAGUUCUUUUUGUCGACAAGGUUUUUCAAAGGCCAGCUUGAGAAUCUCCUCGAGACAAUGCGGCCAGAUUGUCUUAUCGCCGACAUGUUCUUCCCGUGGGCUACUCAAGCUGCUGAGAAGUUCAAUGUGCCAAGACUUGUGUUCCACGGCUUUGGCUACUUCCCCUUAUGCUUUGCUUACUGCAUCAAACUGCAUAAGCCACAACAGAGAGUUACUUCCAUUUGUGAGCCAUUUGUGAUCCCUCACCUCCCAGGGAGCAUAGUGAUGACUCAAGAACAAAUCAACGACUGCGACGAAGGAACCGAGAUGGGGAAGUUCAUGAUGGAGGUUAAAGAAUCGGAAGUGAAGAGCUCAUGUGUUGUUGUGAACAGCUUCUACGAGUUUGAACCUGAUUACGCUUAUUUUUACAAGAGUGUUGUAACGAAGAGAGCGUGGAACAUCGUCCGCUCUCUGUUGUAA